GUUAUAUACAUAUAUGGGUAUCUCUAUGUAACAAAUCGCAGCCCAGGAGCCCCCUGGGCUCCCUCAGGCUCUGGUAUGACAUCUUUGAGCCGUAUAAAUUCAGCUUCUCCUCUGGCAUCUGUUAGCCGACUCACUUGCAACUCCACCUCAGCAGUGGUCUCUCAGUCCUCUCAAAGCAGGGAAGGAGUACUGUGUGCUGAGAGACCAUGGCAAAGAAUCCUCCAGAGAACUGUGAGGACUGUCACAUUCUAAACGCAGAAGUUUUUAAAUCCAAGAAGAUAUGUAAAUCCCUUAAAAUUUGUGGAUUGGUGUUCGGUAUCCUCGCCCUAACUCUAAUUGUCCUGUUUUGGGGGGGCAAGCACUUCUGGCCCGAGACUCCCAAAAAAACAUAUGACAUGGAGCACACUUUCUACAGCAAUGGAGAGAAGAAGAAGAUUUACAUGGAAAUUGAUCCCGUGACCAGAACCGAAAUAUUCAGAAGCGGAAAUGGCACUGAUGAAACAUUGGAAGUACAUGACUUUAAAAAUGGAUACACUGGCAUCUACUUUGUAGGUCUUCAAAAAUGCUUCAUCAAAACUCAGAUUAAAGUGAUUCCUGAAUUUUCUGAACCAGAGGAAGAAAUAGAUGAGAAUGAAGAAAUUACCACAACUUUCUUUGAACAGUCAGUGAUUUGGGUCCCAGCAGAAAAGCCUAUUGAAAACCGAGACUUUCUUAAAAAUUCCAAAAUUCUGGAGAUUUGUGAUAAUGUGACCAUGUAUUGGAUCAAUCCCACUCUAAUAGCAGUUUCAGAGUUACAAGACUUUGAGGAGGAUGGUGAAGACCUCCAUUUUCCUACCAAUGAAAAAAAAGGCAUUGAACAAAAUGAGCAGUGGGUGGUCCCUCAAGUGAAGGCGGAGAAGACCCGUCACGCCAGACAAGCAAGUGAGGAAGACCUCCCGAUCAAUGACUAUACCGAAAAUGGCAUAGAAUUCGACCCCAUGCUGGAUGAGAGAGGUUAUUGUUGUAUUUACUGCCGUCGAGGCAACCGCUACUGCCGCCGCGUCUGUGAACCUUUACUAGGUUACUACCCGUAUCCAUACUGCUACCAGGGAGGGCGGGUUAUCUGUCGUGUCAUCAUGCCUUGCAACUGGUGGGUGGCUCGCAUGCUGGGGCGGGUUUAACAGCAAGUUUGAGCUCGAGUGCUUAAACUUCUGGCAGCCAACAUAUAAUAAAUGCAUGCUAUUCAAUGAAUUUCUGCCUAUGAGGCAUUUGGCUCCUCGUAGCCAGUACUCCGGAAUUACUUGUAGGUAAUUCUUCUCUUCAUGUUCUAAUAAACUUCUACAUCAUCAUCAAUGGCCUGAUUGCUGCUGAGCACACUGGGUAAGUGUUUGCUGAGAAUAUUUCCUGCAGCUGAAAUGAAGCAGAUCUAUCUCACAUGGAGGACGACUAUGAAAAGUUGCAUUUCAUCAGGCUUGGGGAGUAGGAAAGGGCAAAGCAUAAGGAUUCUCAAAUACCGUAUUCUCUAGGCUGUAUUGAGAAAGUGGAAAUAGGGGCUGCUGCUAAAAUGUCCCCAUAAGUGAUGCGUAAAAACUUGUCCUUUUGUGCAGAGCCCCAGUGUUUAAUUAUCUGAGAGACAUAUUGUGGACUUGCUUAAGCCACUAGACAGGCAGUGAGUCACAGCAGGCCAACACUAAAAUAUUCCAAGUGCUCAGACUCAGCAAAGGAGAAAGCUAACCCAGCAAAAAGGGGCCCAGACUCCCCUCCUGUGAACAAGAACUCAACUUUGGACAAAAUCAACACUUCAUAACCUUUAGGUAUGACUUCUCUUUAGAGCAAUGCCUAGUUACAUAACACUCCAAGGCAUUGUCUGGAAAAUGGGGACCUAUAAAUAUCAUUCACAGAAACAGGUAUUACAGGACAUCACUGAGGAGUCAAAUGGGAUUUUUUGCCUCCAAAAUGACGAGAAACUAGCAGUAUGUCACUUUUUUAAAGGAAGGAUAAGGUCUCGUUUCCGAUCACCUGAUACUUCGCUUGGGAAUGGGGAAACGAGCAAAGGGGUGAGGGAGGAAAAGAAGUAGUCAGAGGGGAAUGUUGAAAUUGUAGUUUCAAAAUUCCUGUUCUACCCAUCUGUCACGCCUUCUAGUUUCACUUGCAGGUAGCCCCUUCAUUGCUCCACUUCAAAGUUACUAUGUCAUGAAAAUGUCUGUCUGGCACUUUCCAUUUUCAAAGAGUACAAUCUUCAUCAAGAUGCCUGUGGGCAAGAAGUCAUUUUCCCCCAUUUAACACUUGAGGAAGCAAAUAGAAGCAGCUUUGCCCAAGGCUGAGUUAAGAUUAGCCAGUCAUUAAUUGAUAAUUAGUAUACAUGCUGCACUUGGAUUACCAAUUUUCACAGAAUGAGAGCACAAUGAAACAGAUCUAACAAUGCACCAUCACUGAAAAUAUUUUCUUUUUCAUUAAUGAUUUAGAAGACAUUUGAGAAUUCUGGAGUCCUUCAAUUAUCAUAACAGGCAUUAAUUUCUGGUUGAAAUAGAAAAAUGGAAAGGAUAGGAGAUUAAUUUGAGGUUGUAUGGACUUUACAAUGCUCUCUAUCAUUGUUAAAUAAAUUAUUCAUUUUUGA